CCGGCACUUCUUUCUGGCCUUUCUGAACCAAAUGCACGUGAGCUCAUUUGUAGUCUAUCCAGCUUCUUGGGCGCUUUCACUUGGCACCCGGUCAGCUCCACUGUUCAGGCAAAGCUACCAGCAAUACUUGUAUCUUACAUUCAGCCAUCUACUGCCGUCAAUAGAGCAGUUGAAAGCAUGCGCUCGAGAUGACAUUGCUCGCUUAACAUGGGUUUAUCCUGCUACGGGACAGAGCUUGGGAGCAAUGGCCAAUAUCCAAACCCAGGCUCAACAUCAAGAUUCAAGCCGCCGACAGGCGAAGAGGUUGCAACUAAAACGACACCACGAUGCAACUCCCCUCCGUGUGCCGCAAAUUCAGAGUCGCCAGGAUAUCAGAACAUCGAGAUUUAUCUCAAAAGUUCCCCUAUCGCCUCACUUUUCUCUUAUCCAAGUCUGGUCACUGUGAGGCCCCCCGCACUUGACUGAGGUUCUUGGACGGCACAGCAGAGACCUAACAAGGUAGCAAGACUGUGUAUCGGUCAACUCCGUGUCUAUCUGGAUCUCCCUGCCGGAAGGAUUAGGUGCUGUAACCCUCCAUCUCAUCAAAGAUGGUGGCUAGGAGCGUGGAGGUCACACACUACCUUACAUAAACUGAAACUCUGCUAUACAGAUAGACAAGGCCAUCUGGAAGGCUGAUAAUGUCUUCAUGAGGCUCGAGCGUUGGAGACCCUCGACAAGACACAACCAACUGCAUAUGAACCAUGAUCAUACCAUGACUUCGCAACAUAGCGAGUCGAACCAACAAAUUGAUUCUCGAGGCUGAGUAUCUUGAUCCUGGUAUUCAGUUUCAAACCCCUUGCAAGCAGAGCUCCCAGCCACUUGACUUUCCAUAGUUAAUAGACCGUCCAUAGGCACAGCAAUGCAUUCUCGUGAACCCGGGUUGAGUGUCUCAACUGCUCAAAUCAAAAUGGCCACUCUUUCUGAACAACCUGCGUUCAAAGAGCUGAGCACUCUUGUCAAACUUUCUCCCUCUGAUGAUGAUCCCAACUUUCCUAACUUUAAAAAAUGCCAUGCUGCUACUUGCAAGACUGGCACUAAGGGGAAGGAAAAGGACGCCAAGAAGAUAUGGGAAGAAUUAAUGAAAAAGGAAACACUUUCGAACGAGGUCGAGUUCUAUUCGACGGUUAAACAAUUUCUCCCGUUGAUUCAAUGCAAGAGGCAUAAUUCGAAAAAUUUCCUUCAAGGGCGCUUUGAUGACUGGAAAAGGUCCCGAAUUGAGAACUCGGUUUACACUUCAUCUGAAGUGUCGCUACCUGGCACACCGACUCAGAAUCAAGUCUUCGAAUCGCCUACUGUGGGAUACGAAACACCUCUCUCAAGUCCUCUUGUCGAAGAUGACACACCAACAACCCCAGGGAAAAGCCCGGCUUCCAGCUUUGACAGAUUCAUCCUGAGCACCACGAGCAGGAUGAACCAUGAUAGCCCUCUCUCCGUGGUUGAUGACGUACCAACAUAUAACGAUAACUCGAAAUAUAUUCCCACAUUGGCACUCGGCAUUAAUUCGACCCCUGACAAGACUGCUGAUGUUGGCCAGCCAGAUAACAUUGUGGAAAACAUCACCGAGGUCAAUGUCAUAUCCCCCAGAGAACCUCCAAAGUGGCUCCCUAUUCAUUCCAGGCAAGAUGUUGCCGCCGAACAUCCCGACAUCGUGGAAACCAUCGUAGACGAUACAGUUAUAGAUGAGAAUGACUCGGAUGAUGAGCCACGACUCGCCCACCCGCAGUUUAGUGAACUUGGGAUAAAGAGGAACGGAACCUUGAGCGAUAAAUCCGCCAUCAUCAGGGAAUUAAGGAAGCCUCUCACGCAUGCACAGGUGCGAGAGGGCAAAGUAUAUGUCCUGAAGCACAAGGAAGAAAAGGAUAUGUUCAAGAUUGGAUGGACCGCUACUACUGUCAACACAAGUCUAUCACGGCCCAACAACUGCUACGGCUCAUCGUGUGAGACCAAGCCCAUCUAUGAAUCUCACAAUUUAUUCAACGGUGCCCUCAAAGCCCACAGACUGGCGCACUUGUUUCUCAGGGACAUCAAUGUGCGGGUCAACAAGUGUAAAAAAUGCGGCAAAGGGCACAAGGAUUGGUUCGAAGGACGUGAAGAGGCUAUUGUGGGCACAGUCAAGGUCAUGGAGGGCUUUUUACGAAGGCCUGCUUAUGAGUUGAAGGAGAAUGGAGAGCUCUCGGAUGAAGGGAGAGCCAUGGUGAAGAACAUGUGCAACGUCACCCUCGAGUCAUUCCAAAGGAACGAAGAGUCUUAUGGAAUCCCGGGCCAUGUCACUGAUGCCGAAUCUUUGCCGAUUACACAUACUGUAGUCCCUGAAGCUACGGUUGAUAUACACUCAAGACAGGGCCAGGUUGACGAGUCGUCAAGCCAGCCAGAAGCACUCGCCGCAUCCGCGGGUACUUCUAAGGAACUGGAACCACCCUUAGAGGUGAACAAAAGUGGAUUCCGCAAUAAAUUCAAAGAAUUGUGUGGUAACAUGAAGGACAAAAUCUCCAAGGAGCCUGCAGAGGCUGACAAGAAUUCAGCCAAUGACGAUGAAUUUCUCAUUGCACUUCUCGGGGCCCUCGACCAAGAUAGUGACAGCACUGAGAGACCUCGCGGAUGGAGUUCUUUGGGAGUUGUGUGGGCCAAAUUCACGGCGAUCUUCAAGAGGUCGGUUGAACCAGAUGCUAAGAAAGCGAGUUGAUGAUUGGGUAUGCCGAAAUAGGUGAGUUGAGUAUCUGUAUUAUAGGUCAGUUCUGUUUGAGUAAAUUGCUUGUUUGCUUUUAUGUAUUUAAUUACUAUAUUGAUCUUCCCAUCACUCUACUCAGUAUCGUG